AUGUCAAGCUACGCCCCUCUCCUGGCAAUACUCGUGGCUGUUGUGUGUGCUCAGACGGCCGAUCUUUCACAAUAUGUUCUUACAGCUAUGGGUGGGGCCAAUGGGGGCAACACUUUCCCUGGCGUCUCACUCCCGUUUGCCAUGGUAAAGCUUGGGCCGGACGUCCUGGCUGGAGGAGACAGCUAUUCCGGAUCCCAACCCACAGGCAACUUCACAGGUUUCUCCAUGAUGCACGAGAGUGGAACGGGAGGUGCCCCAAAAUAUGGGGUGGUUUCCCAGAUGCCAGUGCUAGGGCAUAUCAGCAACCCUCUAGUCGAUCAGAACCAACCUCGCAGUCAACCAGAUAUCACUUCUGUAGGCUACUACAAAGCUACCCUGGCACCUAAUAUCACGGUGGAACUUAGUGCAACCAGCCGAGCUGGCUUCUAUCAGUAUACUUUCCCACCUGGAAAACAAACCAAUGUGGUUGUGGAUGUGUCUCAUAUCCUCCCUUCACGCAGGAACAAAGGCCUUUCCCAACACUAUGUCCGUGGGAACAUCACGACCUCCGGGAGUCAUUACGAAGGCUUUGGAGAUUACAAUAAUGGCUGGAACCGAGCGCCUGACUGGAGGGUCUAUUUCUGCGGAUAUUUCGAUACUCCAGCCAUGGUCAAGACCUUUGUCGAGCAGAGUCCGGAUACAGGCAUUCUAUCUCGGUACAGUGAUGUGCCCACUGCUGCAUCGACCGCUCGUAUUGGGGCAGUUUUUAGUUUCAACACAGUCAGUGUUACCUCCAGAGUUGGAAUUUCGUUUAUCUCGGGGAUCCAGGCAUGUCACAAUGUCAACACUCAGAUGCCGGCCGGGACGACGCUUUCAUCGCUGACGACUAAUGCAAAGAAGGUAUGGAACGAGGACGUAUUGUCGAAAGUUACUACCACUGAAACCAAUUUGGGUAACCUGCAAAUGCUGUAUAGCUCAAUGUACUUCAUGCAUCUAAUACCAUCGAACCGUACUGGCGAGAACCCACUGUGGAAGUCAACAGAACCAUAUUAUGACGACACCUUCACUACAUGGGACCUCUUCCGCUGCACAUUCUCCUUGCUACAAGUAUUUCAACCCAGCAUGUACGAAGAGUACAUCCGGUCCCUCAUUGAUAUUUUCCGCUUUGAAGGAUAUAUGCCUGAUGGUAGGUCGUCUAAUUUUAACGGUGUGACUCAAGGAGGGUCCAAUUCAGACAAUGUUCUUGCCGAUGCAUAUGUGAAGGGUGUGCGAGGUGCAGUGAACUGGACCACCGGAUACGAAGCUAUGGUUAAAGAUGCAGAGGUAGCUCCAGUCAACAACAACGAUCCUCGAGACCCAUCGUCAUCAACAAAGGAAGGUAGAGGGGCACUUCCAGACUGGCUCAAGUAUGGCUUCAUCACACCGAAAUACGGUCGAGCCGUUACUCGAGCGGUGGAGUAUUCGGUCAAUGAUUUCUCGCUAUAUCAAGUAGCCAUGGGGCUUGGAAAAAAGGUAGACGCAGAGAAGUAUAUCAAGCGAUCUCGCAACUGGAGGAACCACUGGGAUCCAAAUGCUACUUCGGUCAACUUUACUGGGUUCUUGGUGCCUCGGAGCUCAGACGGCUUCAUCGCGCAAGACCCUCUCUCUUGCGGAGGGUGCUAUUGGGCAGACGCGUAUUAUGAGGCGCUACCAUGGGAAUACUCUUUCAACUCACACCAUGACAUCAACACCCUCAUCGCUUUGUCUGGAGGCCCCGAUACAUUUACUUCUCGUCUCAAAAUGACGUUCAAACCAGGCGUUAAUCCCACCAGCCGCUCAUCGGGGUUUAACAAUACCAUUUUUAACCCAGGAAAUGAACCUUCAUUUACGACGCCGUACUUGUACAACUUCGUUGGGAGACAAGACCUAAGUGUCAAGCAAAGCCGCAGUAUCGCAAACUCAUACUACCUCCCAACACCAGGUGGACUACCGGGAAACAGCGAUGCAGGCGCUAUGGAGUCAUGGCUUCUUUGGAAUAUGCUAGGCCUAUACCCACUUGUAGGGCAAACGACCUUUUUAAUAGGCUCCCCUUGGUUCGUAAACACAAGCAUCUCUCUGUCUGCCGGCCAAAAAUUGACGAUUACGGCCAUUGGCGGCUCAAGAAAUUCCUACUAUGUCCAGUCACUGAAUGUGAAUGGACAGCAAUGGAACCAAUCUUGGCUGACAUGGGCCGAUAUAUUUGAUAACGGUGGUACGAUGGACUUUGUCCUUGGCCCCGAGCCGCGAAACUGGACGACGGGGAAACCACCACCUAGUCCUGCGAGUGAGUUUGCGGACACUACAGCACCAAGCAUGAUUGUGCCACCAGGAAGAGUGCAUCCAGCUCCAAGUCUAGAAACACAAGCCAAUCACUCGCGAGGAAGGAAAUUGCGGAGGGAUGUGGCUUUGGCACUAAUGGGCGGAAUUUUAGGAGUGGUGGCUGGGGCAGCGUUCCUUUGGUGGUUCAACUUCGGGAAACUCAAGAUAUUCACCUGGUCGAAGAGUCCUGUUCAAGUGGAAAGAAUUUCAGAGAUGGAGGAAGGAGCACAAAGUGUGAAUCUGGAAGAGAUUGGUAGGAAGAUGAGGUCUACCGGGCUGCUAUCAUGGCCAAGAAGGAUUUUCAAGAACUGGCCCUUCAGGUUUGCCAAGAUACCACCAGCGGAGGAAACCACGGUUGCAAAUAGAAAGGCAGAAUAUGAGAAGAAAGGGGAAGAGCUCGAAAUUACUGUUGUCAAGGUACCUCCAGGGCCAACGAAGCCGAAGGAAGUGUGCUCGAGCUCAGAUGCAGACGCAGACAUUCUCGCUGACUACGUCCUGGCCCUCCUUCGACACGAUGGCGACACAGAAACCGUUCGAGCGCUGUGCAUGGCUGAAAUUCCACCCUUUCUAGGAGACGAUUCGCCCCUCUUCGUUCAAGACGUAUUCAAUGCCAUUCACUACAAGUCGUACAUCCCGGGUGCUGCGGCCCCUCCACGGCCUUCUGCACCGUUUGCGCCACCAACGGGACCCUCGAUACCGACUUAUGGAAACGCUGCACUAGGGGCGCCGUAUGGAGCACCGAACGGCUCGAGGAAGCGCUCAUAUAAUGACCGAGGUGAUGGUGAUGCCCAGCAGUAUCCUAGCGAUCCGAAUGGAAGGUUAUUCAAGCAGCCGCGACGGGGAGGCCCUAUUCCAGGCCGUGGAGGGUUUGAUAAUUUCAGUGGAAGAGGGGGUUAUCCCAGAGGUCGGCCACCUAUGCAUCAAGGACCGCUUCCUGCGCAAGGCUUUAUGCCUCCCAUGCCCAGCCCUCCUCCUGGCAUGCCUCCCUUUGAUCCUACGGAUCCGACCUCGUUUAUGUACGCCCUGCAAGGGAUGGGUUUCCCAACUCCCGAGCUUGGAGGAUUACCUACCGGACCUAGUACGCAUCCAAGGAAACAGAGAUGUCGAGAUUACGAUCAGAAGGGUUUCUGCGCAAGAGGGAAUACUUGCAUGUAUGAGCAUGGCGACAACUCUAUUUUUGUCCCGCCCGGAAAGACGACUGACGAGUACGAUCCUUCAAAUGCAAGUCUCAUGGCAGGAGUUGAGAAGAACGAGAGUGAUGGUGGUUCCUUCGGCUUCGGUAAUACAAGGGAUGCGGAUCGGGGCAGAGGGGGUAGAGGCCGUGGCGGAGGAUCACGAGGUGAUCGUGGUGGCCAGUUCAGCAAUCCUAAUAGACGAGGAGGGAGAGCAGAAUUCUCGUCUGACAGGCCUAAUCACGAUAGGAGCAAGACUGCUAUCGUAGUCGAAAAUAUUCCAGAGGACAAGUUCUCGGAGGAUGAGGUUCGAGAGUUCUUCUCCCAGUUCGGGACCAUACUUGAUAUCUCAAUGAGACCAUACAAGCGGCUGGCAAUCGUCAAAUAUGAGGAUUGGAAUGCUGCAAAUGCUGCAUAUACCUCACCAAAGGUCAUCUUUGAUAAUAGAUUUGUCAAAGUCUACUGGUUUUCUAAUACAGAAUCCUUACCACGACCGGCUGGGUUCAGUACAGACAAAGAUGCAGCAAAGAACGGUGUUGCAAAUACACCUUCAAAUGAAACGAGAGCGGCUUCGGAUCCACAGAUCGACGUUGAAGAAUUUGCCCGUAAACAGGAAGAGGCUCAGAAAGUUUAUGAGGAGAAGAUGAAACGGAAGCAGGAAAUGGAAACAGCACGGAAAGAAUUAGAAAAACGCCAGGAAGAACUCGCAAAGAACAGAGCAGAGGAAAAGAGGAAGCUCAUGGAAAAGUUAGCUGCCAAGACGGGAAGAUCUUCAGCUACGCCGGGCACUGAAUUGGACGGUGGCGCUCCUGCCCCAGCAGGUGAUGGGAAGACUACCUCGCAGACCGAAGCACUCAAAGCACAACUUGCCGCAUUAGAGGCCGAAGCCCAGUCGUUGGGACUCGAUACCUCGCUGACGGAUGAUACCUCAUUUGCGUUUCGAGGGCGUGGCCGUGGACGUGGGGGCUAUAGAGGGAGAGGGACAUAUGCUCCUCGUGGCUAUCGUGGAGGUUUCAGGGGUCGUGGCGGAGCACCUUUUGCAGGAGGGACGUAUAGGCUCGACAACCGACCUAAAACAGUGGCUUUGACUGGUCUUGAUUUCUCCGAUGCCGAAAAGGACGAGGGUCUUAGACAAUACCUGCUUGGCAUCGGGGACUACACCGACAUAGACACGACGCCGGUACGGACAACCAUCACAUUCAAAGAGCGCUUCAUGGCCGAGAAAUUCAUGCGCAGCCUCUCGGACGGCGAGAUACCCUCGGUCGGCAAAGUCGAGCUGGCAUGGGUGCAGACCCCUCUACCCCCCGUCAAUCUCAACAAUACGUCUAAACCCCACGGUGACGACACAGCUAUGGACGAAGGGGAUGCCAUGGCUAUGGAAUCUAGCCCCCCACGCGGAAUGGCGUCGCACGAGAGAGAACCGAUGGAGAAUUUGGAUUACGAUAUCGCUGAUGAUAACGAAUGGGGUCCUCAAUAA